AAGCGGACACGUCGGGUCCGUGCUGUGCUGCUGGUGCCGUUUUGUCGUGAUCUCUCUCGCUUUCUUCGCUGCCCGAUGAGGGCACACAAGUUUCAACUGUCCGAGUUUAUUUUUUCGAACGAACCGGAAGGCACGCCGGAACUACCGGCCGCCAAUCGAGCGCUAUUCCUGGAGAAAGUGCGGCAAUCAAACACUGCCUGCCAAAAUGGGGACUUUACCACGGCAGUGCAGCUGUACACGGACGCGUUAUCGUUGGACCCCAGUAAUCACAUCCUCUACAGUAAUCGAUCGGCAGCACGGCUCAAGCAAGGCCAGUUUGCGUUGGCUCUUCAGGAUGCCACCAGGGCACGGGAGCUGUGCCCACAGUGGCCGAAGGCUUACUUCCGUCAGGGAGUAGCGCUUCAGUGUCUUGGUCGCUACGGUGAGGCACUUGCAGCUUUCAGUUCAGGGUUAGCCCAGGAUCCCAACUCAAAACAGCUACUGGCAGGGCUGGUGGAAGCAUCAAUCAAGAGUCCGCUGCGUCAUGCUUUGGAGCCAACGUUCCAGCAGUUGAAAGCGAUGAAAUUGGAUCAAUCGCCAUUCGUAGUGAUAUCAGUGGUGGGUCAGGAACUUCUCGGUGCUGGUCAGUAUCAUUCAGCGGUUACAGUGCUCGAAUCAGCCCUACGAAUAGGAUCAUGCUCGCUCAAACUGCGAGGUUCAGUGUUUAGUGCUCUUAGUUCAGCCCAUUGGGCUUUGAAUCAGUUGGAUAAAGCGAUUGCCUACAUGCAGCAGGAUUUAGCCGUAGCGAAAAGCCUCGGCGAUACGGCUGGAGAGUGUCGAGCGCAUGGAAAUCUUGGAUCAGCCUAUUUCAGUCAAGGAUCAUACAAGGAAGCAUUGACGUCUCAUCGCUACCAAUUAGUGCUGGCAAUGAAGUGUAAAGAUACUCAAGCAGCUGCUGCGGCUCUGACUUCUUUGGGACACGUAUACACCGCCAUCGGAGAUUAUCCGAAUGCGCUAGCUUCACACAAACAGUGCGUACAGUUGGUGAAACAAAUGGGUGAUCGGUUGCAGGAAGCUCGCGAGAUCGGUAACGUCGGUGCAGUCUACCUUGCCAUGGGAGAAUUCGACUCCGCUGUCGAUUGUCACACACAGCACCUUCGGCUAGCAAGAAAACUCGGGAAUCAAGUGGAAGAAGCCCGCGCCUACAGUAACCUCGGGUCAAGCUACCACUACAAACGAAACUUCACCCAAGCGAUAACCUAUCACGAAAACGUUCUUCGGAUAGCUCAACAACUCGGCGAUCGAGCCAUCGAGGCCCGUGCAUAUGCUGGAUUGGGUCACGCAGCUCGCUGUGGCCACGAUUUCCACCAAGCCAAACGGUGGCACGAAAAACAACUGGAAAUGGCAUUAGCCGCUCGAGAUAAGGUCGGCGAAGGUCGAGCCUGUUCGAACCUCGGAAUCGUUUAUCAACUGCUAGGCGAACACGAUGCCGCCCUGAAACUUCAUCAAGCUCAUCUGACAAUCGCCCGGCAGCUGCAGGAUAAAGCGGGAAUGGGUCGUGCCUAUGGCAACAUUGGCAACGCCUACUCCGCCGCCGGAUUCUACGAACAAGCCAUCAAAUACCACAAACAGGAACUAAUAAUUAGCAAAGAAGUGCACGAUCGCAGCGCGGAAGCCUCCACUCAUGGAAACUUGGCCGUUGCCUAUCAGGCACUGGGUGCCCACGACAUGGCACUUAUGCACUAUCGAGCCCACUUGAACAUUGCUCGCGAACUUAAAGACACGGCCGGUGAAGCCUGCGCUCUACUAAACCUCGGAAAUUGCCUUAGCUCCCGACAGGAGUUCGCCCAAGCCGUACCGUACUACGAACAGUAUCUGAUGCUCUCACAGGAACUGGGAGAUGUCGCCGCUGAAGGAAAGGCAUGUCAUUUUCUCGGAUACGCCCACUAUUGUAUCGGAAAUUACCGCGAAGCGGUUCGAUACUACGAUCAGGAUCUGGCCCUAGCAAAGGAUCUACAGAACAAAAUGAACAUGGGUCGAGCUUACUGCAACUUGGGACUGGCUCAUCUAGCCUUAGGAAAUACGGCUGGGGCUUUGGAAUGUCAGAAGUACUUCCUAGCGAUCGCUCACAUGACCAAUCACCUACCGGGGAAGUUCCGUGCACUGGGUAACAUCGGUGACGUGCUGAUACGAAUGGGUGACGUGGAUGAGGCCAUUAAGAUGUACCAACGUCAACUUUCGUUGGCAAGGCAGGCACGCGAACGUGGUAUGGAAGCUGCCGCUUGUGGAGCCCUUGGACUGGCUCACCGGUUGUUGAAGAAGUUUGACAAAGCGUUGGGUUAUCACACGCAGGAACUAACGCUACGGCAGGAGAUGGGAGAUCUUCCGGGAGAGUGUCGUGCCCACGGACAUCUCGGAGCGGUGCAUAUGGCUCUGGGGAAUUAUACGCAUGCCGUAAAGUGCUACCAGGAACAACUGGAACGUGCACAGGAGCUGCAGGAUUCUGCGGUGGAGGCGCAGGCUUUCGGGAACUUGGGCAUUGCUCGCUUGAAUAUGGGACACUAUGAGGAUGCCAUUGGAUAUCUGGAACAGCAGUUGGGAACGUUGGAGCAGGUCAAUACGCCAACAGCGCAGCAUGACAGAGCGAGAGCGCUAGGGCACUUGGGAGAUUGCUACGAUGCUUUGGGGGAUUACCACGCCGAAGCGAUCAAAUGUCACGAGCGACACCUCGCGCUAUCGAUUGCACUGCAGAGUCCGCGAGAUCAGGAACGUGCCUAUAGAGGGUUGGGAAAUUGCUACAAAUCAGUCGGAAACCUUCAGGAAGCUUUGGUGUGUCUGGAGAAACGAUUGGUUGUGUCCCACGAGUUGGGCAAUCCGGAAGCGAAAGCAGCUGCCUACGGUGAUUUGGGUAGUAUUCACAGUGCACUCGGGAACUUUGAACAAGCGAUCAACUGUUUGGAACACCAGCGAGAUAUCGCAAGGGAACUGGGCGAUCGGGCGUUAACUUCCGACGCGAUCAGUGGUUUAGGAGCGGUCUUUCUGCAGAUGGGAGACUAUGACGAAUCGCUUCGUUUGCAUCAACAGGAUUUGGAGUUGUGCGAGAAUAUGAACCACGUCGUACUGCAGGCGAGAGCUUGCGGCAAUCUGGGUUCGGUGUAUGAAUCACUGAAGAAUUUGAAGGAAUCGGUGCGAUACUUCGAGAAGCAGCUAUCGCUGACGACCGAUCGUUUGACGAAGGCUCAUGCUUGUUUGUCGCUGGGAAGAGUCUAUCACAUUAUGGAGCAAAUACCGCAAGCGGUUAGCUUCUUACGGCAAGGUCUUGCCAUUGUCCAGUCUCUGAACAAGUUGGAAGAUGAAGCGCGCAUUCGCUAUCGGUUGGGACUGUCGCUGCUGAUGUCCGGAGAUGAAGACAAUGCUCGACAACAGAUGGAGAGUUCAGCUCAGAUUUUGGAAUCGAUUAGAAGUGACCAGGUGACGCCAGAGGCGCGAACUAAUCUGUACAAUUUGCAGACGUCCUGCUAUCAGAACUUGCAGAAGAUUCUGGUUAACUUGGGACGUAACGAGGAGGCUCUGGUAGCGGCGGAACGGUGUCGCUCGCGAAUGGGGGCAGAUUCUAACCAGAGCGCGGAAAAUUCUUUGAAUAAUAGAAAAACGUUGCUGACUUGCAGCGAAUAUAUCUUCGAUACCGUCAACAAGAGCAAAACCAAUAUCAUUUACUACAGUUUGGCCGGGAUGGAACUGUACGCGUGGUUCCUGUCUCCGCAAAAACGAAUCGUGCGUUUCCACGUGGCGAAAAUUGACGAGCAAGCGCUGCAGAUGAAAAAGAAACCGACGGCGGCUGAGGCCGGCGAUAAAACGGAUACCCUGCUGGCACAGUACAUCAAUUUCGUUCGGGACAAUUUGGGUGUGAACUCCGGGAAUGUCCUGCAAGAAGGUGACGGCAGCGGUUGGAAGUCGUCGAACGAGAAUUUGAUCGACGAUUUCACCAACGAACGGGCCGGUUUUCUGCGGAUGGUCAACCGAAAUCAUUUGCUGAACUCGAGCAACUACUCGCUGAGUUCCCUGUUCAGCUUGGGAAGCGUCGGUGGUUCGGUGGCCAGCUUGCAAGGAUCGACAAGAUCCAUUGGAAGCCUCCAGGGUUCGACCAGAUCUAGACGUUCAAAUAUGCUUCCUCCAUGGCAGGGACCGUCCUGUUUACAUGUACUGUACAAUUUGUUACUCGCGCCGUUUGAAGAUUUGCUUCCGGAUAUCAAUACUACAUCCCGCAUCGGACGACGCGAGCUUAUUUUGGUUCUGGAGAAAGAACUCUACCUGGUACCGUUCGCUAUUCUACGCAGUGGAGAUGAAUCGGGGGAAUACCUUUCCGAGAGAUGUUCGCUACUGACCGUACCCUCACUACACACGCUGAGACAAAAAAGCAGAAUCAAGACCCGAGAACCUGCGGAAGGCCUUAACAGUGCACUGGUAAUCGGAGGUCCAAAAAUCCCAACGUCCCUCUCGGAAACAUGGGGCUGGAGUGAAUCACCAGCCUCGUUACAGGAAGCCGCCAUGGUGUCGGACAUGCUAAACACAAAACCACUGGUUUCAUCCAGCGCAACAAAGGAAGCGAUUGUCUCCGAAUUAUCAGCAGCGGAAUGCGUCCAUUUUGCGGCCAAUGUAAGCUGGAAACUGGGUGCUGUUAUUCUAAGUCCAGGCGAGGUUCUGGACUCCCAGACGCAAAAGCGAUUCUAUCCGAACGCUUCCGGCGAAAUAGAAAAUGACGAAGACAACAACGAUUUAUCUUCAUCCAACAUGGAGAUUCCACCGCUGUCGGACUUCAUACUUAGCGCCGCGGAUCUUCUGGCUAUGAAACUAAGCGCAAAGUUGGUCGUACUAAGCUCGUAUCAUUCAGUUGAACCAAUCACGGGAAGCGGAGUAGCUAAUCUAGCCGGUAGUUGGCUGUUUGCCGGCACUGGUGCAGUGCUAGUUUCCCUGUGGCCUGUUCCGGAAACGGCGGCAAAGAUCCUGCUAAGAGCGUUCUACUCGGCCCUACUACAGGGAACCCGUGCCGCAAAGGCCCUAGCCGAAGCCAUGCAAACGGUUCAACAUACGAAGCAUUUCGCUCAUCCUGCGAACUGGGCAGGCUUCAUUCUGAUUGGAGGGAACGUCCGUCUUUCCAACAAGGUAGCCCUCAUUGGACAAGCUCUUUGUGAGCUUAUGCGAACUCCGGACAAGUGUCGCGAUGCUUUGCGCGUCUGCCUGCACUUGGUAGAGAAGAGUUUACAACGAAUCCACCGUGGACAGAAGAACGCCAUGUAUACGACUCAGAAGAGUAUAGAAAAUAAGGCCGGCCCGGUCAUUGGAUGGAAAGAUCUGCUAAUGGCGGUCGGUUUCCGGUUCGAACCAGCGGCCAAUGGUAUUCCGUCCAGUGUGUUUUUCCCGCAGACCGAUCCAGAGGAUCGAUUGUCUCAAUGUUCGGCCAGUUUGCAAGCUUUGCUUGGCUUAUCGCCUACAACCCUCCACGCAAUGUCAAAACUAGUAAACAACGCGGAUAUUGCAGAUGAAAUCAUCGGCGUCAUGAGAAACGUGGUUACCCAGUUCCCAUCGAAGGGAACGAUCGACAACGAAAGCAUCGAUAUUCCUCUCAGUGUUCGACUGUGGAGAGUUUCCGGUUGUCACGAACUGCUUGCCUCGUUAGGUUUUGAUCUGAUGGAAGUCGGUCAAGAUCAAGUUACACUCCGCACCGGCAAACAGGCGAAUCGUAGGAACUGCCAAUUCGUCCUACAAUCGUUGCUAGCUCUGUUCGACACUCAAGAGGCUCCAAAGAGUCUAGGAAUCGAAUCCAGCAGCAGCUCUGAAUCGUUAAACGAAGACACCUCCGAUGACGCUCCAGCUAAGGCACCUAGCCCAACACCCACAGCCCCUGAACAGCAGCGAAGCGUAUCUCCAGCGGUGACCGUGAAAAGCCAAGCCAGUUACAACUUUCCCCGACCCCCGCUGCCAUUUCGGCGUGUUCCGUUCCUGAGCACCCGCAGCGCUUUUAUUUCGUAUGUCCGCAGACGGGGCGAACCAGACGGUGGACAAACGGAGGCUUCCGCCCAGGUACCGCUAGGAAACCAACAGGCACAAGCUCAAGCACAAUCAAGCAACGGAGCUUCGAGCAACCUGGAUUCCAGUUUGGCGAACACAACCGACAGCGAACUCUCCGAUGGCUACACCACCCAACAGAUACUGAUGAAGAGCGACCAUCUGGCCAAAGGUUUAGGAUACUCGAGCCUUAGAGGCACCAUCAAGGUCAGCCGCCCGGGUGGUGGAGGAGAAAGUGAUGCUGCAUUCACGCCAAGUCCCCCGGUAACACUGCAGAACGUCGAUCCAAAUGUUUCAUUGGCAUUAGCACACCAAACCCGAAUCCGUAACCUGUACACAAACAACGGAAUCGGAAACUACGGUCACGAAUCCACCCGAGAAAUACAUCACCAUCAGAAUCCUAACCUGCGACGUCCGGACAGUUCUAGCUCUGCCAGUUCUGCUACCGAUUGGGAAGGAUCCGGACACGCUACCGUGCUUCGGCGAGCUAACCAAGGAGGCCAUCACAACCUGCCGCCACUUCCACCACCCCGACAAACACUUCCGAUGGUUGACAGUCUUCGGCCACUGGCCCCCUUAGCUCCAGUUUACAACAACAUCACCGGUGGAACUCUCGGAAAAUCUCAACCCAACGGUAAAGGCCUAAACGUUCUCGAAUCCACCAGUUCCGACUCGGAAUUCGAACGUAGCUUCGAUCUGCCAUCAGCUUCCAGUACCGCUACCAUCAGCAGCAAACUGACGAGCCUGGCGCAUAGUCUUCAGAGCAUGCGAACUCGUAAGUUGAAGAUGCAACCAGCGCAGCAACCGCCACAGCCAAUGAUUAUGUCCCGCAAAAUGGUCGACCAGUUUGCCUUCAUGGAUCGUCUCAGCUGCCGAACAGAGAUUUCCUCCUCUAGCUUAAGCAAUCACGCAGCUCCUCCACGAAAACCCCUAUCCACUCUGCCAGACGACGAACGAACGCUCAAUUUGAACGCCAGCAAACUGUACUUCAACCCAACCGAGGCGGAAAUAAUUCCUCUAACGGAAACUUCCGCCGACCUUGGACUAAGCAAAGCACCGUCCGCCAGUAUGUCAUCUAAUGUAGCUUCCACUAGUAGCAGCAGUAAGGAAAAAGCCACCAGCAAAAACAUACAGGACUCAAUUCUACGCCACAUGAGCCGCGAAAUGACUCCGACCAUCUCGGAAGUCUACCACGAGCGCAACAUCGGACUUGGUUUAGCCCCGUCCCUGUCCAAGCUACUGCUAAGCAAAAACUACGACGAUUCACCCGAUAUCAAAGCAUCGACUGCAGCGUCCAUGCUGAACAAACCAAGCGCUCUAACCGUCGGCAACCUAGCCGAAGCCAUGAAUGAAAUCGAAAUGAAUGCCACCACGUCCACGAAACUGGAGGAAGGUCAGUGCAAUAUCUGCAACAGCCCGUCGGAUCUCCUAUGUGGAUGUAGCAGCACUUCUACCGUAGCAGCUGUCGCUGCCAUGACCGCUGCCCUCGGCGCCACAACCAUCACCAAGAAAUCCAACUCAAAACCCUGGCUCAGCAACGUUACUCCCAACAUUGUCAAACCCGGUGACCUCACCACGGCAGAUAUUCUCGAGCAGCAGAAACAGCUCAAAUCGACCGUAAGUGGUUUAACCAGUAACAUGUCCUCCUCAACGGAGAACUCCCUCUCCACGGUGGUAAAACGAGGUGGCAGUCCCUUUUCCGAUCUGUCCCGCCGGGACGAAGGAGACGGCCGAAGCGUAGCGGAUUCCCAGUGUUCCGGUAGCUUCCGGACUGACAUUACCGGUUCGACGGUAACUACCACUUCCAAAAGUCAGCAAUCGCAAAUAGCGGUUAGCGUGCAUCCAAGCGCCAGUGGAGUUCAGCAGAAUGGCAGCCAUGUUGCAUCGCAGCAACCGCCACAGCAGCAGCUGCAGCAGCAGCAACAACAACAACAAUCUGUUCCCGCACAACCGGCGAUUGCCGGAGUGCAACAAGCGACGAACCCUAACCAGCGAAGCAAAUAUAUUAUAGAUACGUAAUUUUAGAAGGUUUUAUGUACUAGAAUUUAGCAAAAUUCAAAGCCAUCAAAGAACGUUUUUUAAGCAAAGUUUUAAACUGUAUAAAUAGCGCAUUUUUACAAGGCUCAUCGUGUGACGUAGCGUAGUCGUAGUCGAUAGGUGUUUUAUUGCUCAUGUUUCAACCGAAAGGAAAUUAGAUUUUAACAGCAUUUUUUUAGGCGUAACCGUCAACACAACGAACUGAUUAGGUAGACACUGAUGACAACAAACGAUACACUAAUAUAUUGAGAUACGAGAAGCCACUUUGAGAUUAUCUAGGGUCCCUAUGGUAAGUAAGUAAAGUUAGAGCAAAAAAAAAACAAGGCAUAAACCCAGUGUACAAUAGCCUAACCGAAACCUUUGUUAUAAUACUCUUCGCUUGUAGGUAGUACAUUUGAUUGGAAGCUGUCCACUUUUAUAUUUUUUAUAUUUGUAUAAAAUGUAUAAUUUAUACUUCAUAGC